AUUUCUGAAUUGUAUUAACAUUGCAGGAUAUACAAAUAUAAAAAAUCACGCUGAAUUAUAUGAUUAAUGACAUUGGUACAGGUCAAGCGAGUUAUCAUUAAAUAUUUGCCGACUCGUUUUGUUAAACAUUUUAAUAAAAUGAGUGCUAUGAAUUUGUGCAUGAAUCGUAAGACUGAACCAGCAGAAAUAAAUCCAGCGAAAAAAUCUGCUGGAUACGAAGCUGUAAACAAAUACGUUAAAGAUGGUAUGACUAUUGGAAUUGGCAGUGGAUCAACAAUUGUCUACAGUGUUCAGCGUUUAGCUGAGCGAGUAAAAGAUGAAGGAUUAUCUGUGGUUUGUGUACCAACAUCUUAUCAAGCACGACAACUAAUAAAUGAUUACAAUUUAAUUUUAGGUGAUUUGGAUACACAUCCAAAAUUAGAUUGUACAAUUGAUGGUGCAGAUGAAGUGCAAUUAGGUACUUUAGCAUGCAUUAAAGGAGGUGGUGGAUGUUUGACACAAGAAAAAAUUGUUGCAUCUUGCUCGAACAAAUUAAUUAUUGUAGUCGAUGGAUCCAAAGAAUCUCAUCAUUUAGGACAAAAUUGGAAAAAAGGAGUACCAAUAGAAGUUAUUCCUAUGGCAUGUAAGCCAACUCAAUUGAAAAUUGAAGAAAAAUUUGGUGGACAAGCAAUUUUAAGAAUGUCAGCAGAUAAAGCUGGUCCUUUAGUAACAGAUAAUGGUAACUUUUUAUUAGAUUGGGUAUUUCCUGAAAAAAAAAUUUGCUGGUCAUCAGUUCAUACUUUUAUUAAACUCAUUCCAGGUGUAGUUGAAACUGGAUUAUUUAUUGAUAUGGCAAAUGAAUGUUUAGUUGGAAAUGUUCAAGGAAAUGUUAAAGUCCUACAAAAGACUGAACAGAUUAUAGAAUUAUAAUUGAAAAACUAUUAAUAUUUAAACUGUUAAUUUACUUUUAUAUUUUCAAUUUCAAGUGUAUUGGAUAUAAAUGGUCAAUUGAUGCCAAUUUUUUUUUAAUUAAAUACAUUUAUUACUGUACUGUU